GUUUCUCUUUCCUUAGUCAGUAAUAAGUCCUUCAGAGCCCUCACUUCCUAGCCAGCCCUCCCCUCCCCUGCCAGAUGGAGGAUUUUGUGUAGUAGGAGUCCCAGGAGCUGUGUUAGGGUAGCUGAAGCCCCAAGCCCCUGGGAAGGUAAACAACUGAGCCAGUCCUGGUUUUCUUCCCUGGGUUUCUGUUGGGCCCAAUUAUCCAGCCUAAUGGGCUGAGUUGAUGGACCCAGGAGUAUCACUUCUAAGGUGCACCCUGGGUCAUCUCACAUAUGUUUGCAUGUUGGGAAGGUGUGUUGUGCAUCACAUUUCCCCUGAGGUCUCAAAGCUUGGAGCUGUCUGAAAAGAGGAAAGUUGUUCCCAUUAUCCUGGAAGUAAGAAACUGAUCCUUGAGAAUUCUGGUGCCUACGCAGGCUUGGCUGUGAUCCUAACCAGAGACAGAUAGCAGCUGAGUCUGAGGGGGUUCGUGGCAGUAAGGUGAGGGAGGUGUCCUUCUGGGCACUUCCAGGAUACCCCCAUCUGGGACCCCUUCCUGCAUGCCCGGGGGAGAUGGGGCUGUUACCAUGGUGAUGACCUUAGGGUCUUGAUCAGGCAGGACAUUCCCCUAGCUCAGGAGGUGAGCCAGUACAAAGGCACCAUCUGUUCCCACCUCCUGUUGGUCACAGGGCCCUCAGGAAUCUGGGGACAGCCAAACUCUGGACAAGGGGCUGCUCAUUCCCCUCCUUACCUGCAUCCAGGAAUGCAACUGGGUUGCAUUGUUUCCUGGGCAUCAAGGGCAGUCCUGGUUCUUCUGCUGCAUGUUUCUGCCAUUGGAGCUGGGCAAGGGAAGGCAUGGUGCUACUUACACCUGGAAACGGGGAACAGAGGCCAAGAACAGCGGCAGGAGAGGGGCAGCAGGAUGAAUGUGGGCACGGCGCACAGCGAGGUGAACCCCAACACACGGGUGAUGAACAGCCGAGGCAUCUGGCUGUCCUAUGUGCUGGCCAUCGGGCUCCUCCAUGUCGUGCUGCUCAGCAUCCCCUUCGUGAGCGUCCCUGUCGUCUGGACUCUCACCAACCUUAUCCACAACAUGGGCAUGUACAUCUUCCUACAUACGGUGAAGGGGACACCCUUCGAGACCCCAGACCAGGGCAAGGCGAGGUUGCUAACCCACUGGGAGCAGAUGGACUACGGGGUCCAGUUCACAGCAUCGCGGAAAUUCUUGACCAUCACACCCAUCGUGCUGUACUUCCUCACCAGCUUCUAUACCAAGUACGACCAGAUCCAUUUCAUCCUCAACACUGUGUCCUUGAUGAGCGUGCUCAUCCCCAAGCUGCCCCAGCUCCAUGGAGUCCGGAUUUUUGGAAUCAAUAAGUACUGAGGGUGCAGCCCCUUUCCCUGCCCAGAUGGCGGGGGAGGGGUAGACGCCUGUGCUGUGAUGCUGAAGACAGAAGGAGCCUCUGGAUACUGCCAGAGAUGGGGGUUGAGCCUCUGGGCCCUAGCUUCCCCCCUCACUUCCCUCAGUAGCCAACUUGAAGUAGCUUGUAGUGGGGUUGGGAUACUCCCCUCCCCGCAGCCCUGACCCUUCUGAUUUUUUUGAUCUUUUCCUUUUGCCUUUUGGAUAAAGACUCUGAGGGGGUGGUCGUAGAACCGGCUGGGCUCCUGGGCUGAACACAGACCUGUGAGGUUGGGACAAGAGGCCAGGGAAACCCUCUGUUCACUUGCACCUCCUCAGACCGCUAUAGCACUUUAACCCCCGUGAGGGGACGGUACAGUUUCUGACUGUUUCACUUUAGUUCUGAAGUCUUUAGGAUGACCCUCAGUGUGUGCUUGUAUGUGUGAAGGCCAGUGUGUGAUGGCGCCUCAUCCCUCUGGGAAGAGAACCGUCUAAUCAAAGACUCAUGCUUCUGGCAGCUUCCCUGCAACCCACCCUGGGGAGUGGGUGGGAGUUGGGGGCGGGGUAAGGAAAGGGGUGAUGGGGCGCUGCGUGGAUGGCCUGGCCCCAGAGGUGAGGGGGCCAGGGCUGCCCCCAUCCUGCCCUGGUGGAGACAAGGAGGGGUUGGGAGAAGGGGUGGGGAUGGUGAGUUGAGACUUCGAAGAAGGGGGACACACAGUAGCAG